GAUGGGGUGGUGCCUGAGCGCUCAGAACCACACUGCUGUAGUUCAGAGACAAACACAACUCGGUGAAGAGCGCGCGGGACGCGUGUAACAUUUCCUGAAUGUGAGAGUGGAAAGUAAAACCGGUUCCGGGGACUUCGAUGUGAGUUAUCAUGGAACAAGAGGAGAGCAAAAUCUCGGUGUGGGUAUGCCGGGAGGAGAAACUGGUGUCCGGGCUGUCCAGACGCACCACCUGCGCGGACGUAAUAAAAGUGCUGCUGGAGGACCAGAACUUCCAGAAAGGCGCGAUGCUCACCGGUACUCCGCAGUCGUACUGUAUCGUGGAGAAAUGGAGAGGUUUUGAGCGCAUUUUGCCGAAUAAAACCAAAAUCCUGCGGUUGUGGAGCGCCUGGGGCGACGAGCAGGAGAACGUGCGCUUCGUCCUGGUCCGGAGCGACGCGUCGCUGCCCAACAGCGGACCGAGGAGCGCAGAGGCGCGGGUCGUGCUCAGCAAAGAGAGCCCUUGCACUACCAGAGCCACCAUGCAGAUUUCACAGGACAAACAGCGGAGGAUUGUGCGGAAGGCUUUUAGAAAGCUGGACAAAAUGAAUAGGAAGAAAGAGGAGGCUUCGAGUGACAAAUCAUCGGCGGAGAAAAUAGAAACGCUCGUACAUCUCAUAGUUUCGCAGGAUCAUACUCUACGACAGCAGAUACAGCGAAUAAAAGAGCUGGAUAAUGAAAUCGAAAGGUAUGAAUCAAAAGUUCACUUUGACAGAAUGAAAAUACACGGCGUAAACUACGUGCAAGACACUUAUUUGCUCGAACAAGGCUUGGAUACAGAGUCCAGCGCGCAUCCGGACGCGUCCGUUGCGCAGUUUGAGGAAUACGCGGCACGCUGCGACCAAGUCAUUCAACUUCAGGAGGAACUAGCCGAGAGGGAGGCUCUGAUGGAGAUACUUACAGGUGAAAUACAAGAAGAACUCAACCACAGGUGGAUGAGACGGCGACAGGAGCAGCUUUCCAACAAAGACGCGGAGAGCACUGGAGAAGAAACGGCUCUCAAGGUGACUUCGGUCCCUGUUGUUCCGGACCUCCUCACAGACAAUGAACUCCAAUUAGAGGAGGAGAGGAUCAAAACACAACUGGAUACGAGUUUAUACAUCGGGCUGCGCUUGAACACCGAUCUGGAGACGGUGCAGAGCGACUUGGAGAUGAGUCAGGAGCUUUUGGACGCGAAGGAAAAGGAGUUGCGGGAAUUACUCGAAAAGGUUCACAGAUUAGACGAGUUGGAAGGGACACAGGCGGAUGACAGCAAAGAUGAGGGAGAAACUGAACAACUGCCUUCCGUAGACAAAGACAAUGUUUGGGUAGAGCAGGCGAGGGGACUGUCAAAAACAUGCACCAAUGAUGAUGAUUCGGACACCGGACUGAGUUCAAUGCACAGCCAGGACUCGGAUAACGCGCCUGUUUGCGAGUCACUUGUGUGACAGGACGCUGUGGAAAUCGUAAAGGGCCUAGAAUCGUGUAUGUGGCUCCGCGUGAAUCAUUCGAUACAGCGCGACCUCAGGGAAGAUUUCACCUCUAUUGAUUUCACCAAUGUUCUCUCUUCAUAAGAGAGGAACGCAUGUAAAUUAUACCAAUGUAGUGUUAUGAUCGCCUCACUCUCCAAUUGCCUCACUUAUACACACGGAGAAUAGCUUGUAAUGUGCAGCUUAUCAAAUUAUAACGAAAUAACCAAUGCAUUGACUGUCCACUGUGUGCUGACUAAUGUUGCAAUACCAAUACUAUGUAUUUGUUUUACGUAGCCUUAUGUUUAAAAGCUAGAAUUAGAGU